UUUAGUUAAUACUUACGCCUCAGACACAACGAUCAUUUCAAUACAAGCACACACGUUACGUUGCUCUUUUUUCCAUCCCUUUCUCGUUUCGGUGACUCAUUUGCGACUUCUGUAAUUUUCGUUAGUGCCAUUUCAAUUAAAUAACCAUUUGCAUAAUUAAAGCGCAACAAGAGUGUGCUGGGUCCUAAAAACGAAUUGUACAAUUAAAAUGCAAUCAAAGCGGCGUUAAUGUAGUCAUUAAAGGCUGUCAGCAAAAAUAUAAAACAAAAAAAAAAAAGGAAAGAAACAACACACACAACCGAAAAACAAAACAAGGCGCACACAGCAACAAAAUUAUGAACAAAAAAAAAAUCACUAAAUUUAUUAAAAAGUGAAAGUUUUUAGUCGGCGUCGCCGUUUGCACAAAAUUACCAGAGGGAAAAAGAAAUGCAAAAACAAUCAACGAGUCUGCGAAACAAAGCAAAACAAAUCUCCAGAAAACCCGCUACCACCUUUUCGUUUUGAGAGCGACCAAGAGAAGAGAAGAGAAGAGAAGAGAGGAGAAGAGCGAGCCGAAGCGAUUGGGUUCCACAACUCCACAACUCCCAUAACCGUAGAAUCGCCGCAGAGCGGAGGUACCGGGUUCGAUUCCAAGCCGUGGCGCCCCCAGCCGCGGCACAAUAUGUUGUAAGCAGCGGCCCAGCCACGGCAACCAAUUCGAGGAACGGCGGGGCGGGUGUGGUUCGCAAGAUCUUCCACCCGCACCAUCCGCAUCACCAACAUCAUCCGCAUUAUCAGCAGCAUCUGCAUCAUCAGCAGCAUCAGCAGCAUCCAAAUCAUCCUCAUCAUCCGUAUUACCAGCAGCCAUAUCAACGCACCUUCUACGCCCAGCUGCCCCAGACGCCUCAGGUCGGCUAUGCCCAACCUGCCCCAUUGUACCACCCCCUCAGGUGGAGAAACCCAUGUUUCAGUUCUGCACCACCACGCAUCACCGUCAAUCCACCGCCCCAGAGGCCCUGGCUGCCACUGGCCAAGCCCAACAAAACGCGACCAGCCUGCAUUUUUACGGUCAUGUGCUAUAAUGUGCUCUGCGACAAGUACGCGACGAGGCAAAUGUACGGAUACUGUCCGUCGUGGGCCCUCUGCUGGGAGUAUCGGAAAAAGUCAAUAAUCGACGAGAUACGGCACUACGCAGCGGACAUUAUCAGUCUGCAGGAGAUCGAGACGGAACAGUUCUACCACUUCUUCCUGCCAGAGCUCAAGAACGAUGGCUACGAAGGCAUCUUUUCGCCCAAGUCGCGAGCCAAGACAAUGUCCGAGCUGGAGCGGAAGUAUGUCGAUGGCUGUGCAAUAUUCUUCAGGGCGUCCAAGUUCACGCUGAUCAAAGAGUCGCUGAUCGAGUUCAACCAGCUGGCAAUGGCCAAUGCCGAGGGCUCCGACAACAUGCUGAACCGCGUGAUGCCCAAGGAUAACAUCGGCCUGGCCGCCCUGCUCAAGGUGAAGGAAAACGCCUGGGAGCCGAUGUCCGAGGUGACGCAGAUCUCGCAGCCACUGCUCGUCUGCACAGCGCACAUUCACUGGGACCCGGAGUUCUGCGACGUCAAGCUCAUCCAGACGAUGAUGCUGAGCAACGAGCUGAAGACGAUCAUCGACGAGGCGAGCCACAGCUUCCGGCCGGGUCACAAGAAUGACUCGAAUGCCGUUCAACUGCUGCUGUGCGGCGACUUCAACUCUCUGCCCGAUUCAGGCGUGGUGGAGUUCCUCGGCAAGGGCCGCGUUGCCAUGGACCAUCUGGACUUCAAGGACAUGGGCUACAAGUCCUGCCUGCAGCGAUUGCUCUCGAACGACACCAACGAGUUUACGCACUCGUUCAAGCUGGCCUCCGCCUACAACGAGGACAUCAUGCCGCACACCAACUACACGUUCGACUUCAAGGGCAUCAUCGACUACAUCUUCUACACGAAGACGGGCAUGGUGCCGCUGGGCCUGUUGGGUCCUGUCUCCAAUGACUGGCUGCGCGAGAACAAGGUGGUGGGAUGCCCCCAUCCGCACAUACCCUCCGAUCACUUUCCGCUGCUCGUGGAGUUGGAGCUGAUGCACACGGCAAGCCAACAGGCGCCUCCCAACGGGCUGAUCAAUCGCCGGUAGCAAUAGAAUCGACGCGGCAGACCCACCACCAGCAACAGCACCACUACCAGCACCACCCUGAUGACGACGACGACGGCGCCGGCGGCCACGCGCACGCCGGCUGCCAGCGGGGGAGCAAGUGGAAGUGGGAAUGGGACUGGGAGCGGGAAUAGCGGCGGCGGUGGCGGCGGCGGAGGUUCAGGUGGCGGAGUAGCUGCAAGUGGAGGCGGCGGCGGCGGGGCACUCAUGAUCCCGGGCGGCUACAGGGGACGGAGCUGCAGUAACAGCGGAUGCCAUCGUCUGACGGCUGCCCUUGGAGCGGCGAGAAAAGCAUCCAAUCCCGCAACGCCAGCGGAUAAUAAACAGGUCACCGCUCCGCAUCCCGCUCCCAACUGACGUGGCGAUCUGCUCGCAUCAAAAUUCAGUUUUAGUUAGAUACGACAUACGACUUUGAUUUCUAACCCCCGGUCUCCCAGCUCUUGUACCAAUCACAUCCCCCUCAAGAACCCUAUAAGUUAUAAGCUGACGACGUUGUGGAGGUUCCGCCGCUUUGUGCGCUGGAUCGCAAAGUGUGCUCACCGAUGCAACCCAUUAACUAAGAUCGUAAUCGUAAUAGAAAGGAAAAUAAUUUACUUGCUGCACUCCUCUUCCGCGCUUCUCGUUUUGAUUUUAUCAACUGCACGUUUUCACCAUCGAAUAAAUCCAUUAUAUACAAUAUGCAUA